CCAUACCUGGUUGUCCAAAUUAGGCAUAAUAAUGUGUUAAUUCCACGACUGUAUAUAUCGGUUGAUAUCGGUAUCGGUUGAUAUCGGUAUCGGUAAUUAAAGAGUUGGACAAUAUCGGAAUAUCGGAUAUCGGCAAAAAGCCAUUAUCGGACAUCCCUAAUUAUUUCCUAACGUGGAGAACCGGUAGCUUUCCAAGAGUUUAGUACUUGUGUUUUGUCAAAGGUCACCAUGAGUAUUGGGAGCUUAGUGGUCCACAGGUGUUGCACAGAUAACCAUGGAACUUCUUAGUGUGUUGCUUUCGGGGGCACUAUCACUUUUAAUAGGGCUUAGCAGCUAUGGGGUGGGCCUGAGCUGCUUAGUCACACGCCAUAUGUUUGUCAUGGAGACAUGGAGCAGACGCUGAGCCUCACCUCCCUCAACUCUGGCCUUUGGGGCCCAUUUUUCGCUGGCUUAACAUGGCUCCAGCAUCUGUGCUGCAAAUGUAGGGCAUGGCCGUCCGCCUUCCUCCCUGCACGCUGCUGUUAAACAGCGAGCUGUUAGUGUUGCUGAGACGCUGCUGGUGUCGGCCAUGAGGCGCAGGUCCAGGAGUAGAGAAGGAAGGCAGGAGGACGAGGAGGUGAAAUUUGAGGAAAUGAUUCCGAAGUCGGGAAAAUCUCCGGCAGACUCGCGGAAAAGUGUUGGCAUCCACGAGUUUGCAGCGCUGGCCAGGUCGUCCCUGAACGGCAUCUCUCAGGCUGUCAGGGACCAUGUGACCAAGCCCACCUCCCUGGCCCAGGGCCGGGUAGCCCACCUCAUCGAGUGGAAAGGUUGGCCCAAACCUGUGGAGCCUCCUCAGGCCGCACACUUCAACUCUUACUGCCAUCUGACUGAAGGGGAGAAGGAGGCGCGCUUCGCUGCAGGAGUGGCCGAACAGUUCGCCAUCGCCGAGGCUAAACUCCGAGCCUGGGCUUCCGUGGAUGACGACGAGGAGGACGACUCCAACGACGAAGACACCCACGCCAAACCGGGGACUAUCCCCAGUCAGAGCACGUCAGUCGCCGGCGCAUCCCAGCCUACUUCCGGAGCGCCGUGCCGCGGUGACACCAGCGAGACUCCGCCCCCGGAGAGCCCCGGCGCCGGGUCCCGAAGCGACGUCCCCUCUCCCCUGCAGAGCGAACGCGCCAUGCCCGGGGGGGACUGUCCUGAGACCCCCGUGAAGGAGCACGGCGAGGUGUUUGUCCACCACAAGCCCGAGUGGAGGCCUCGGGGGCGGAGCAGCCGCUUCGACUCCUGCUACUCCACGUCCCACUCGGAGUCUCCGGGAGAGGAAGAGGAGGAGGACGAAGACGUGUUCCAGGAGGUGCGGGCGUGGCACUCCAGAGGCUUCUUGUCCGACCGGGCCUCGUCUGGGGUGGCGUCCUUUGACGAGGAGGACGAAGAUGAGGGGAAAAAGGAAGAUAAAGAAUAUUUGAUGUGAUGUGUUGUCCAUGUUCAUGUCUUUGAUUGUGGAUAUGACAUCAUCUGUUCCGUGUGCCCCCCCUCCCCCCUCCCACGGGAGACUGUGUCCAGGCGGAUUGUAAAGCUGACUGAGUUUUGUACAUUUUCUUUUUGUCAAGUGUUGCUAUGGCGUCAUUUUUUUCUAUGGAUGUUUUGUAGUGUUGUUUCCUGGGGGGUCAUGCCCAUGUGUUGAUACUGAAUGUCUCGCAAGUCACCCCUCACGUUUUUUUGCCCCCCAUUUCCUCAAGGGUCAACAGUCGACAAAUCAAACUUUCGAUUUACCGUCCACUGAAAAUUACGCAUUCAAGUGUGUAGCAAGGCAAUUGUGUCGCGCACGAGUGCUGCGUUUCAUUGAGGGGAAACAUGAA